AUGCAUUUUUUCAAGAUACUAGAUACUUACAGCAAUAAACACAAACGACUGGAACUUCCAAGAGAAUUUACCGACAACUACGGGACGGAACUGUCUGACCUUGCGAUUCUUAAGGUUCUCAAUAGUAUCUGGCAUAUAAGAUUGAAGAAAGCUAAAGGUUUAUUAUUGUUUGAGAACGGCUGGCCAGAAUUUAUGGAUUUUUACUCUAUUUGUGUUGGACAUGUACUACUUUUCAGAUAUGACGGGAACUCAAAAUUUCAAGUUCAUAGGGUACCUGCGGUUUUUGCAGCCUCACAUUUGAGAAACAUAACAGAGACGAUGAUCACUCCUAUGGUUUCAGAUGGGAGAACUUGGAACGUCAGAUAUGUUUCUCGGUCACCAACUGACAAAAGACUAUCUCACGGCUGGUGUAAAUUCGUUGCAGAUAAUGAUUUGAAGGAAGGCAAUGUUUGUGUGUUUGAACUAAUUGAUAGGAAAAAAAUCGAGAUGAUUGUUCACAUUUUCAGACAACAUAAACCAUUUUCCAGGAAGCUUCCUCCUAAAUCAAGUAAUUAUACGGCGGAAUUCCAGGCAACGCUUGAAGAAGCUGAAAAGUUUACGUCUGAGAAUCCGUUCUUCAAGGUCGUUAUUCAAGAUGCACAUAUAAAAGCAGGAACGGUGAGGGUGCCUGCGGAUUUUGCAACCUCACAUUUGACAAACAUAACACGGAUGGUGAUCACUCUUCGAGUUUCAGAUGAGAGAACAUGGGAUGUCGGAUAUGUAUCUCAAACACCAAUGGAAAGAAGGAUAUCUCAGGGCUGGCGUGAAUUUGUUGCAGAUAACGAUUUAAAGGAAGGCGAUGUUUGUGUCUUUGAAUUAGUUGAUAACAGGGAAAAUUUCGAGAUGAAUGUUCACAUUUUCCGACUUGAACAAGAUGGUAUAGACUAG